AUGAGGGCUGUUCGACGACUGCGACCGACGAAUGCCGUCCGGAGCAUCGGGAACCGGCGAUUCGUUCAGAUCAGCUCUGUCCCUUCGUCCAGCGAGCCCCAGCAAAGCCUGGAGCCCCGCGCAUCGAGUGGAAGUCCCACGGCCGCAGAUGCACGAUUUGAGAUUCUCGGCAGUCCCUUCAGUCUCCUCUCGGCCUCCAUCUCCGCGUCCCAGGACCUCUACACCCGCAAGGGCACCCUCGCCGGCUUCAAUGGCAAGGCGGAGAAUGCCGUCUCGACCCUCUCCGUACUCGAACCCUUCCGCCGACUGCCCCUCGGCAUUCCCUUUCUCUACCAACGCAUCACAUCCACCACGCCCUACUCCGCCCUAAUAGCCACCAAAUCCCCCAUCACAUCCCUCGUUGUUGUUCACCUGGACGGAAGACUAGACUGGAUGGUUGCACAACGAAACGCUCUUCUAGCAUGGACAGGUCACACCCUCAGCUUGAAGCCACGAUGGAAUAUGAAGAUGAGCCUCGCACACUGGGGUAGCACCCUCGUCACCGGCCGUGGCCUCCUUGCUCUGUCUGGAAAAGGUCUCAUCCAUCAAAUCACCCUCAAGACCGGCGAGGAAUACGUCGUCCGACCCAGUAAUGUCAUUGCAUACAGCAUGAUGCAACACGCACCUCAACCCUACCGAUUCAAGUCAAGUAACAUGCGACUACAAAUCCCUAACCCUUUGACUUGGUUACCCGACACGAGAUUCUGGCGGACCAUGCGGGAAAGCGCAGUCUGGAGAUUCACUCGCGAUGCGACCUUCACCCUGAGAACGUGGGCGAGAAGGACGAUUUGGGGAGAUCGACUCUUCCUCCACUUCCACGGCCCAGCCACAAUCCUCGUCCAAUCCCGCUCAGCAGCAAUCGCUGAUGUCCUAACCUCCGAGGAUGUCAAUGAGAUUGCUGAUAGCCCAGCGGGAGCUGUUCCGAGAGCACUGGCUGUAACCUCGCCUGCCGAGGCUGGUGCGGAGCCUGGAAUGCCCAAAGCGCUGCCUACGAAGAUGAGCUAUGCCAGUGUGACCAAGGAUGGUGACGUGGCAUUUGAGAGACAGGAAGCGGUCAAAGCCUAG